AUGAGGAUUGAGGAGGAAAGCGGCAGCGACAGAGGAGAGGAGGAGGAUGAGGCCGUGAAGGAAAUGGAGAGAGGCAUUGAGGAUGGUAGAGAGGAGGAUAGAGAGAAGAUUAUUAAUGGAGAGAGGAAAGUGGGACGGGGUUUCUGCAUAAAGCAGUACUUCAUUGAUGAGGAUGACACGGUUCCUCAAAAGAUAGUUCUUCGUCUUGAUAGUCCGAGAGGAACACAUUUCCGCAGAGCAGGACCACGUCAAAGGGUUGUCUUUGAUUCGGAUGAUGUAGUUGCUUGCAUUGUUACAUGUGGUGGCCUGUGUCCCGGUCUUAAUACUGUGAUCAGAGAGAUAGUUUGUGGAUUGUCUUACAUGUAUGGUGUCAAGAAAAUCCUUGGAAUUGAUGGAGGUUACAGAGGUUUCUAUGCAAGGAACACGAUCGAUUUGGACCUGAAAACAGUGAAUGAUAUUCAUAAACGUGGAGGAACCAUCCUUGGGACUUCAAGAGGCGGUCACGACACCACCAAGAUAGUUGAUAGUAUUCAAGAUAGUGGGAUCAACCAGGUUUAUAUAAUCGGUGGAGAUGGAUCACAGAAAGGAGCAGCUGUUAUAUUCCAGGAGAUUAGGAGAUGUGGACUUAAAGUUGCUGUUGCAGGGAUCUCCAAAACAAUCGACAAUGACAUUCCUAUUAUAGAUUAG